AUGCUUUUUUUCCCCUCACAGCUCAGAGACGAUAACAAAAAGCUCCACCCUUGUUUGGUGGACUUCCUGAGCCUGCCUGAGCCGGAGAGGAACUACAACCUCCAGAUGUCUGGAGAGACUCUCAAGACUCUCCUGGCUUUGGGUUGCCAUGUUGGCAUGGGUGACGAGAAAGCAGAGGAGAAUCUGAAGAAGAUCAAGCUUCCCAAGACAUACGUGAUGACCAACGGCUACAAGCCCGCCCCCCUGGACCUGAACCACGUCAAGCUCACGCCAAACCAGAACCAGCUGGUGGAGAAACUGGCAGAAAACGGUCACAAUGUCUGGGCGAGAGACCGGGUGCGGCAGGGAUGGACUUACAGCAUCGUCCAGCGGACCAAGAAAACCAACCGGGACAGCGUCAACAACGCCGUGCGCACCCUGAUUGGCUACGGCUACAACAUCGAGCCCCCCGACCAGGAGAGCACCGGCCACGGCCUGGAGAACACCCGGGGGGACAAGGUGCGGAUCUUCCGGGCAGAGCGGUCGUACGCCGUGACCCAGGGGAAGUGGUACUUUGAGUUUGAGGCGGUGACCACCGGGGAGAUGAGGGUGGGCUGGGCUCGGCCCAGCGUACGCUCCGACACCGAGCUGGGGGCCGACGAGCUGGCCUAUGCUCAAAGAUGGCACGUGGGCAACGAGCCGUUUGGCCGGCAGUGGCUGUCCGGCGAUGUGGUCGGCUGCAUGAUCGACCUGACGGAGAUGAACAUCAUGUUCACGCUGAACGGGGAAAUGCUGAUCAGCGACUCGGGCUCCGAGAUGGCUUUCAAAGACAUCGAAAUCGGAGAAGGUUUCAUCCCCGUGUGCGCGCUCGGCCUGUCUCAGGUUGGACGAAUCAACCUGGGCCAGAACGUCAGCAGCCUGCGCUACUUUGCCAUAUGCGGUCUGCAGGAGGGAUUCGAACCUUUCGCCAUCAAUAUGAAGAGAGACAUCACCAUGUGGUUCAGCAAAAGCUUGCCCCAGUUUGUACCAGUUCCCACCGACCACAAUCACAUCGAGGUAACUUUAUAG